AUGAGUCCCGGUCACCAUGUACGACAGAUUCGUGUCCCCGGUGACAUUAUUAUAGGUGGUGUAUUUCCAGUUCAUACAAAAUCAGUUGCAGUUGAUCAUCCAUGUGGUGUAAUUGCUGAAACACGUGGUGUUCAUCGUGUAGAAGCAAUGCUUUACGCACUUGAUAUCAUCAAUAAUCAACGUGAUUUUUUGCGUGGAUUUCGAUUAGGCGCUUUGAUACUAGACUCGUGUUCAAAUCCGGCAUUUGCACUUAACCAAAGUCUUGAUUUUGUCAGAGACUUAAUAGGCACCAAUGACGCAUCUGAAUUCCAAUGUAGAGAUGGAAGUCGUCCGAAAUCCCGUCGACCACUUGCUAAGCGAAAAGUUGCUGCUGUAGUUGGUGGUAGUUAUAGCUCAGUUACUGUACAGAUUGCUAAUUUGCUCAGAUUAUUUAAAAUUGCUCAAGUGAGUCCAGCAAGUACAAAUGCAGAUUUAAGCGAUAAAAAUCGUUUUGAAUAUUUUGCUAGGACGGUUCCAAGCGAUAAUUAUCAAGCCCGAGCGAUGAUUGAUAUAGCAUUACAUUUUAAUUGGACAUAUCUAUCUCUUGUAUUUUCUGCUGAUGAAUACGGUGAACUGGGAGCUGAUGCAUUUAAAAAAGAAGCUCGAAAAGUGAACAUUUGCAUUGCCAUUGAAGAACGAAUAUCAACAAAACGUGCCGCAAUGAUUGAAUCCAUUGACAACUUGGUGAAAAAGUUACAACCCGAAAAAAAAGAAGGAGCUCGAGUAGUUGUACUGUUUGUUGGCACUGAAUAUAUUCCCGAAUUAUUGUUGCAAACUGCUAAAAGAAUGAAUUUGAUUGGAAAGAAUAGAAAGAAGAAAAAAAUCAUUUGGUUAGCCAGUGAAGCUUGGGACCGUCAUAAUGAAGCAUAUACACUUGGUAACCGUCGGGAAGCAGCUGAAGGAGCCAUAGUUUUGAUGUUGGAAUCAAAACGUGUCCCUUCAUUUGAAAAUUACUUUUUGUCGCUGAACCCUGGUAAAAAAGAAUUUGAGCGGAAUGCUUGGCUAAAAGAAUUAUGGCGACAAAAAUUUGAUUGCGAAUUUGGUCUUCCAGAAGAAAGCACAGGAAAUAAAUGCGAAAACCAUAAACAAACCAAAGAUAACUUCAGUCCUGAUGACAAGGUUCAGUUUGUCAUAGAUGCAGUAUUUGCGAUUGCAUAUGGUCUGCAAGCGCUGAAAAAAGCCGAAUGUCCUAAUGAUACAGUAGAAACAUCGUGGAUAACACGAAAUGCAAAAAAGCCACAUCUUUGCUACGCAAUGGACAACAUCGAUGGAGCAGAUUUUUAUCAGAACUAUCUUUUAAAAGUCAAUUUUACCAGUAAUGACUUCCUUAUUUGUUGUAAAAUUUUGUGCAGCUUUUCUUUAAAAAAAAUAGACAAAUUUCUUCAAGGAGAUGGUCCAGCUCACUACACUAUCUUGAACUAUCAACCGAGCAGAAAUCAGAGACGGUUUGUACACAGUUUUAAGCAUAACUUUUCCUGUUUAUCAACAAAAGAUUUAGAUGAAACUUGCUGCUGGGCCUGUAGUAAAUGUGAAGACUAUGAAUAUCUAAUCAACGAAACUACUUGUAUGGACUGUGGCGAAGGUCGACUACCAACAGCAAACCGCACAAGUUGUUAUAAUAUCGCUGAUGUCGACUUAAAGCAUAUGAGAUGGACAACUUGGCACUCAAUCGUUCCCGCUGUAAUUGCUGGCAUUGGUAUCUUUUUAACCUUGGGAGUAGUAGUUAUAUACAUCAGAUAUAACGAAACUCCUGUAAUAAAAGCCUCUGGACGAGAACUUAGUUACAUAUUACUUUUCUCCAUGAUCAUGUGUUACUCAAUGACUUUUGUAUUGGUUUCUAAACCCACUCCUUUAAUAUGUGCCAUCAAAAGAACAGGUAUUGGAUUCGCCUUCUCAUGUUUGUACGCUUCAUUACUUGUAAAAACAAAUCGUAUUGCUCGGAUAUUCUCACAAGCGAAACGCACCGUACAAAGACCGCGUUGCAUUUCACCGAUAUCGCAAGUGCUUCUUACUGUGCUGUUAGCGGGUGUUCAACUUAUUGGAUCUCUCAUUUGGCUUUCUGCGGUUCCACCUGGAACUCGACCAGAUUAUCCAACCAGAUAUGAAGUGGUGCUAACAUGCAAUGUCCCAGAGCACCACUUCCUAUAUUCAUUAGCUUAUGAUGCUGCGUUAAUCGUCCUAUGUACUAUAUAUGCAAUUAAAACAAGAAAAGUACCAGAAAAUUUUAAUGAAACCAAAUUCAUUGGUUUCAGUAUGUACACGACUUGUGUCAUCUGGUUCUCAUGGGGGUUCUUCUUUUUUGGAACAGGAAAAAGUGACUUCCAGAUCCAAACUACCACAUUAUGUAUGUCGAUCUCUAUGUCAGCCAACGUGGCAUUGGCAUGUAUAUUCUCACCAAAAGUAUGGAUCAUACUUUUUGAACAACAUAAAAAUGUUAGAAAACAGGACGGGGAAUAUAUGCUUUCACGGAGCAAAGAUUCCAGCUUUUCUCAAUACAGUUCCUUGUCUCCUGAUCACCGACGGCGAAACGUGAAAAGCAACUCCACAAGCGAUUCUCCUCUAGAAAUAAUAACAUUUUCUUCACAAGAUACAUUUCUGUAG